AUGGCAUCACAGAACAGCGGGGAACGGGAUGCUGAAAAGGCCCCCCAGGAACCACCACAGGGGGGUGCUUUGGUUGACUCGGAGCCGAGCAGGACAAUACAGGGCUUCCCUUGGGUCGUCGUCUGCGUCUCACUAUACGUUACCUGUUUCCUGUACGGCCUCGACACGACAAUCGCAGCAGAUGUUCAAGGCUCCGUGAUCGCAGCAUUUGGCCAUGUCAGUCAAAUCGCAUGGAUUGGCGCAGGCUUUCCCUUGGGCUCCGUGUGCGUCAUUCUUUUCCUCGGCACCCUAUUCAACACAUUCAAUAUGAAAUGGAUUUUUGUUGGUACCGUGGUGCUAUUUGAGGCCGGUUCUGCUCUUUGCGGCGCUGCACCGACCAUGAGCGCCCUGAUUGUCGGCCGUGUCAUUGCCGGUGCCGGGGGGAGUGGCAUUUACCUUGGAUCCCUGCAAUACUUUGCGGUUAUGACCACGGAGAAAGAACGAGGCUUUUACAUGUCACUGAUUGCGAUGUUCUGGGGUCUCGGCGCCGUUUUAGGACCUGUUAUUGGUGGUGCCUUUUCGGUGUCUUCUGCAACCUGGCGCUGGGCCUUCUACAUCAAUUUGGUUAUUGGUGCAGUCUCGGCUCCAGCAUUCCUUCUCUAUCUUCCCGCUAUUCAUCCGAUGCAAGGAGUCAGUGUUCGAAGACGAUUAGCCUCGAUUGAUUUUGUCGGGGCAAUCCUCGGCGCCGGCCUCUGGACCAGCUUCUUGUUGGCAUUUACAAUGGCCGGCUCACAGUGGCCAUGGAAAGACGGACGCACAAUUGCAACAUUUGUUGUGUUUGGUGUGGUUUUGGUCCUCUAUAUGGCCCAGCAAUACUUCGCUUUCCUAACCACCCCUGCUAGACGUGCGUUUCCAGUCCAUCUGCUGCGCGAUCGCACACAGGUGCUUCUCUAUGCUUCAACAGCAGCCGGAACCACAACACUUUUCGUCGUUGUAUAUUAUAUCCCCAUCUACUUCCAGUUCGUCAACAAUGACGCGGCCCUCAUGGCAGCCGUACGCCUGCUGCCCUUUAUCGUCAUCGCUGUCGCAGUCAAUCUUGUUUCAGGGGCAUUCCUCCACUUUAUCAAAAUCUACAAGGUGAUCUAUAUCGUCGCUAGUGUAUUCUUAAUAGCUGGCGGGGGCCCCUUGAUGGUCUAUCUUGAUCCGAAUUCAUCGACUGGACUUAUUUACGGGCUAACAAUCCUCGUGGCUGUUGGAACUGGUCUGUCUAUGGUGACGGGCUAUACAAUUGCUACUCUGACUGUCAAGCCAGAGGAUACAGGUGCUGCACUCAGUCUGCAAAAUGUCUCGCAGAUCGGUGGGCAGGUUAUCGCGCUCGCCAUCGCAUCCCAGAUAUACCAAUCAACCGCUAUCAAGGACUUAUCAGUAGCACUGGCUGGCAAGGGUUUCUCGCAAACGGAAAUCCAGGGUGCGGUAGCAGGUGCCCAGAGUUUCUUGUUCAAGAGCUUGGACGGCGAGCUGCGGGACAAGGCAAUCCUGGCUGUCACCAAUGCCAUGCAAAUGACCUUUGUUAUGGUCCCCGUCGCUGCUGUUGUCAUGAAAAAUGAGAGACUUUUUGGUGGCCCUGUUGUCGCAGUUGGAGGCUAG